AUGGCCGCCGUCGACGGAAGCCACCGCCACGCACACGCACACGCGCACGCGCACGCGCACAGACGCGCCGCCAACGAGCAUAGGCACCACCUGCUCCGCCUGUCGCCACUGCACCUCCCCACAAUCUCGGAGGAGCGGCUCUCGCGCUCUUCGCUCUCGCUCUCGCUCUCGCACCCGCCCUCGCCGUCGCUCUCGCAUCGCCGCGCCAGAAAACCCGAGUGGCCAUGGGACUCGGACGACGAAGAAUACAUCGAAAAUGCACCGCUGCACACCGACGCGCACGAGCGCCUCGGCUGGGAGAUUGCCGAGUACCGCGAACGCCUGCACCUGGGCACGUCGGCGGACGAAGACGAAGACGAGGACGCGGACGAAGCGCUCGACCAGGCGUGCGAUUUGGCCUACGCGUCUAGCGUAGGCCGCUCCACCCCCGGCGGCCGCGGGACGCCGACGAUCCGCAUCACCCCGCCGCCAGCAAGCACGCCGCCGCCCACACACCGGCGCGAUCAUACCCCGCGCGCGAUCGGCGGCGAUCGCCCCGUCCCCGUCCGCCCCGUCACGCCGCUAGACUUGGGCGCGUCAGCACUCGAGCGCGCGGACGCGACGCUCGCGCGCCUCGCGCACCACCCUUCCCCCCCCGUAAUCCACCCGACGCCGCUGCUGUGGUCCCGCCUCGACUCGCCGAGCACGCCCGCGGCCUCCGCCCCGAGCCUGCCGCCAUGCCCGUCCCCCUCGUCGGGGUCCACGCACAGCCUCACGCCGUCGCAAUCCGUCUCGUCCGGCCGCUCGCCGUGGCAUUUCCUCCCGGCGCUGCUGUACGGCGCGCCCUCACCCUCGCGCUCGCCGGCGCCGGCGCCGGCGCCCUCGCCGUUCGAGUGGGACUCGCCCUCGCCCCGCUUCUCCCCCGCCCCCGCGUUCGGGGAGUGGCGCGACUGGGGCGAGGGCGCGGGCAGCGCGCCCGCCCCCCCGCCGAUGCACGUCAUCUCCCCCUUCUCGCCCCGCUUCACGGAGGACCUCGCGCCGCCCAGCAUGGGGCGUAGUGCCCGCGCGUCACCCGAGAUCCAGCUCCGCGACCCGCCCUCCCCUCUGCGGCCCCGCUUCUCGGAUCCCGAGGACUGGUACAGCGCCCACUCGGGGUCGUUUGGCGUCGACGUGCAGCGCCGCAGCGUCGAUGUGCAGGCUAUUGCGGAGUGGAGACUCGAUGUGUUCGAGGAGGGCGGGGGGUGGAGUGCGGGCGUGGGAGAGGCGCGGGGCGAUGCAGGCGCUGGCGCGGGCGCGCAUGGCGCGUCGAGUGCACGGCGCGCUUCGAGCCCCGGAAGGCCUGUCGGCAUUAGCGAGCGCGGUCAGCAGAGCAGGGAAGGGUGA